AUGUCGCCAUUCUCCGGCACCAUCUUAAAACACCGAAAAUAAAUCAAGGCAUGGAAUGGAAAGGUACAAGAUAAGGAAAUGAAGUUAAGACUUCAACUUUACAGUUGUUCAGGUGAAAUGCUGAACCAUGGGCCUGGAUUUUAGGCUGCUCCACCCUAACGUUGAGACCAACAUCAGCACGAUGCAGUUUGGCAGCCUCGAGUCCCUUUGCCACACUGCUGCCACGGUAACAGAGUUGCAUUUCUUCAGCGCCAUCUUGCUGCUGCUGAUCUCAGCAACGUAAAGUUCAAUGUUACUCAAGUCAGGCUUUAUUGAGAAGGAAAACAUGUAAAGUGCCCCUUGUGAAAUGAAGUUCAUUUUGAGACAUUGAGUAGCAGUGGAACAAAGGUGCAGAGUAUAUAUUUCUGAGUGAAUAUUAUGGUACCAGGCAGUUAAGAUCCUGUUGUGGUUUUCGGUGAACAGCAAUGCAGAGCUAAUUAACAUCGAGAUAACCUUUGCAGUGUUCUAGUUGGCUGUUUUUAGCAAUAAAAGGAAAUGAGGCAAGCAAGGAUAAAAGAGGUUAGUUGACAUGUUUUAAUCUACUUUAAAGUCGUAACGGUGCUCAAAGGCCACUUUUAUUUGAUUCGUGACUUAAGUAUCUGCCUACAAAAAAUUCAAACGGGAAAAAUAAUCAUGGCAUAUCUGACAUUUUUUUCCAAACUACUCAUCACUAUUGGUAUCCUGGAUGCGGUAACUGAUGGUGAAGCCAUAAUCUCAAGUCAAACAAAUGUAACAGAGUUUUUUCAGUCUGCUUCAGUAUCUGAUCCUGAAAUGAAUUUCAGCACAGUUUCACCCAGUGGAGAGACUUCGAAUCCUAAAGGAACAUUGGAUCUUGGAAUCAUAAAAGCUUCUGACUACCAUGCAUCUGUAACUACUGAAAUAUCUAGUCAUCUAAAUACUAGUGACACUCAAAGUCUUAAUCAAACAGAAGAAUAUGGUAACAACUCCUUCCCAGUUGACAGCUCCAGUGCCAGAACCACAGUCCUACCUAGUUCAACAGUGUCACAAAAAAUACCAAUAAGUCAGAUGCCAGACAUAGACGUGUCUUCAGCAGCCACCAUGACUUCGAUUGUCAGCACUUCAGGUUUCAAAGGAAGCAGCUCUCUUUCACCUUAUAGCACUUCAGCUAUUCCUGAUGGAGCAGCAAACACUUUGGGAAGUGUCUUACUUUGUAUCCUGAUCAUUGCUUUGAUUGUAUUUCUCAUUAGCAUGCUGGUAUUUUACCUGCACAGAAAGAAACGUAGAUAUUCCUUUGACCUCUUCCACAAAACUGCUGAAGACGCUGACAUUCCCUUGAGUGGUCCAAUUAGCCGAGGUGCCUUUGAAGUAUUUCCAGACAAAGAAGACAACACUGAAGUUAAGGUGAACCAAGACAUGGACAAUCACGAUAAGAUUCCAGCAGACAUCUUGAACCUGCCUGAGGAAGUAAAUGAAAAACAAAGCAACUGUGAAAAUGAAAUAAACCACAGCCCAGCAAAUCAUGACCAGGAGAACACAGGCAGCCUUGAUGACUGGCCCUUCAAAACCCCAGGCUCAGAAUUCACUGAUAUUGACUUGAUGAACUGAGUCAUUUCUGAGUGAUUUACAUGUUCCCAUCAGAAGACCUCUCGAAAAUCAAUGAAUUCAUGUUCCUCUGAUGCAAAUUGUUACAGGAACUGAUAAUGUUAACUCCACUGAUCCCUUGAGGAUUUGCUUUUAGUCUAAUGCUGCAAGCAUGUGUUAGAAUCUGGCAUGAGUAAAAUGAUAUAUGAUAUUCCUGUACAGAAGUAUAAUACAUACAAACUUGACGCAGAGCGUUCUUCACAGAAAUGUUUGUGAAAUUCUAGGGUCAUCUGUAUAAUGGGGAGAUAUUUCUGUUCUAGUGUCUUGAUGGAUUGGGUGAAGAAAAUUGGGGAAAUGAUUCUCGUCUGAAAGCCGUGUCAAUUUUAGAUCAUUUAAUGAAUACUCUUAAGUUUAUUUUUAAACUAUUAUUUUAACUAGAUCCUUCUAUGCUGAUGAACAGAGCUGUAAUAUCUUAUCCAGUUGUGCAUUUCCCCUGACCCUUAUGGAGUUUGGCUGCCCUACAUCACUCCCAAAUCUGGAGUCAGCCAUGUGCAUGGUAGUUCAUGAUCUCCACGCCUGGUUUAUCUUCCCCUCACUCUAAAUAUUUGCUCCUCCAUUUCCAUACUGUCUAGAUGAUGCUGAUGACAUUUGUAGAGUUAUAGAGACGUACAGCACAGAAACAGACAAUUUGGUCCAACUCACCCACGCCGACCAGAUAUCCUAAAUUAAUCU